AUGGAUGGCAUCGAUCCGGACACUCUUCUGGAGUGGCUGCAAACGGGGGUGGGCGAUGAACGCGAUUUACAGAUGAUGGCAUUAGAGCAGUUGUGUAUGUUGUUGCUGAUGAGUGACAAUAUCGAUCGAUGCUUCGAGAGUUGUCCUCCGAGGACGUUCCUUCCAGCGCUUUGUAAGAUAUUUCUCGAUGAAAGCGCCACUGAAAAUGUUCUCGAGGUGACAGCUCGAGCAAUAACCUAUUAUUUGGAUGUAUCAAAUGAAUGUACUCGUCGCAUAACACAAGUCGAUGGCGCUGUUAAAGCAAUCUGCAAUCGAUUAGCUGCUGCCGAAAUGGGCAAUCGAACAAGCAAAGAUCUUGCUGAACAGUGCGUAAAGUUAUUGGAGCACAUUUGUCAGCGAGAGACUUCGGCCGUUUACGAUGCAGGUGGUUUACAGUGUAUGCUGUCACUUGUUAUACAGCAUGGACAGUCCGUUCAUAAGGAUACAAUGCAUUCAGCGAUGUCAGUAGUGACAAGACUUUGCAGUAAAAUGGAACCAGCCGAUUCGACAAUGCCUGAGUGCAGUGCCAGUCUUGGUACACUGCUUGCACACGACGAUCCAAAGGUAUCAGAAUGUGCGCUUCGAUGUUUUGCCGCACUGACGGAUCGUUUCAUUCGCAAAGGAUUGGAUCCCGUCGAAAUGGUACGUCACGGUGACUUAGUAAAUCAUUUACUAAAAGCCUUAGUACCACUGCCAUCGGUCUCGUCGACAGUGUCGCUGAGCGGUGCGCAGCAGAAUCUGAACACUGUGGCCUCACAAGCGUCCAUACUCUCAGCGGAUUCGAACGCAUCCUCAUCGACACCAACACAAUCGCAGUCACAAACACAUCGAUCGACUUCAUUCACGUCGAUUGUCAUCUCUCUGCUGAGCAAUCUCUGUCGUGGAUCGUCUGCAGUCACUCAGCAAUUGAUCAGUUCACCUUUGCUGGUGCCAGCGCUUCGAGCUGUGUUAACGAACAAAGACGAACGUUGUGUGAUGGACACGUUACGACUGUGUGAUCUUUUGGUGGUUUUAUUGUGCGAAGGUCGUAACGCUCUGCCCCGAACCACUGCAUGCUCGACGGUCGUGUCGAGAUCUGAGAAUGCAGGUAACGCUUUCGAGCGAUCUCAUCGACAUCUCAUUGAUGCAAUCAGACAGCGUGAUACGGACGCGUUGAUUGAUGCUGUUGAGUCAGGACAGGUGAAUGUUUAA